AUGACCACUUUUAUUGGGAUUUAAGUGUUUUUGAAUGCAAACUCUAUGUGAAAACAAGUGCACAAUAAUAUGUGAACAACAAGUUGUGUGGCAUUGAGUGCAACAACACAUACCGUCGAAGAAGCCAUGGAUAACACGAAGACAGCCACUAGUGUUGGACAGGAGAGGGAGACCCUCAGCAAUAUCAUCGCCCAAUGGAAUGCCAAUCGCUUGGAUCUGUUUGAGAUCAGCCAACCCAACCAGGCGCUGGAAUUUCAUGGAGUUAUGCGAUACUACUUCCAGGACUCGGGUGCGAAAGUGGCCACAAAAUGCAUACGAGUGUCGUCUACGGCCACCACUCAAGACGUGAUCAAUAUAUUGAUUGAGAAAUUCCGUCCCGAUAUCCGUAUGCUAUCGGUUCCCGAAUACGCUUUGUAUGAGAUCCACGAAAACGGAGAAGAGCGAAAGUUAUCGGAAGAAGAAAUGCCACUUUUGGUGCAACUCAAUUGGCACAGAGACGACCGCGAGGGCCGCUUCCUAUUGCGCCGCAUGAAUGAUAAGACACAUUUACCGGGCUUUGAGUCGACGACCGAUGAAAAUAAAUUCAAACGAAAGCUUUCGAAACGGGAGAAAAAGGAGCAGAAAAAGCGCGAAAAGCAAUUGAAAGCCAAAGCGAACGACGGAAAGGGUGGCGACGGGAAGGACUCGUUAGCCGAGAAGCUGUACACGGAGUUACCCGAAACGAGUUUCACGCGAUCCAUAUCUAAUCCCGAGGCAGUGAUGCGUCGCCGCAGACAACAGAAACUCGAGAAGAAGUUACAGCAAUUCAGUCAAGAAGGAGGCGUCGAAGCCGGCGGAACUCUGAGAAUAUUCGGCGAAUCCAUUAACCAAGACGUGCCAUACAAGACAAUCCUACUGUCAGAUCGAGACACAGCCGCUCACGCCGUCAAAGAGAUACUCGAGAAGUACGGCAAAGAGAAGGAGGACCCAGUGGUCUACUGUCUCGUACAACUCAUUGUUCCCGUCGCUAACGGAGACAUCAAUACAAUCAACGAUUUGCACAAUUCGGCCGGAAUUCGGGAGUAUAUCUUAGAUGACGACGACUGUCCGCUUUCCAUAGAGAAGGCGCACAACAAGUCCAGAGGUGUCCUAACGUUUCACAUCCGUCGGCGUCCGUCUGACUAUCAGCCGCGGAAGAAGAAGAAGAAACCCAAACAAAUAAAGGGCGAAAUGGAUGCCGGAUAUACCAAAUACGAUGAGGCGCUCGAAAGGCUGCCAUUUCUGUCCGAAACGAAUCCCGACGGCAGUGAAAUCACGCGAGGAUUGCCUAAAAAGCAUUACCUGUACGUCAAUAUGACAGAAGUGGGUUCCGAGCGGUCGAGUGCCACAAAUCACAGCCAAUCGUUGCAAUUAUACGGCCCUAACGUUCAGGCGAGACAUUGCGUGAUAGCGCACACCGAAGGCAUCGUUACCGUUACGCCCAGCAGUCGUGACGCCGAGACUUACGUUAACGGACUUCGUAUCUACGAGACGACAAUUUUGAGACACGGAAUGCUCGUCCGUUUCGGCAAAAUUCACACCUUUAAGUUCAUUGACCCGUUGGACGAUCAGUCGCGACAACUCUCGCCCACCCUUAUGAGGGGUACAGUUCACAGUAGUCUACGAAAAAUGCCCGACGAUAUCAGGUUAUCGGCGCCGCAAUCGCGGGGCAGCUAUGAGACCACGUUUGACGCCGACGGCAAUGUGGAGACCACUUCCAUGACCUCCAGAGAUGAACGUAUGUCGAAGAAAUCGGACGAAACGAAUGGCUCGAAUCCGCGACAAAUGACUGGAAAUGGACCUAUAAAUCGAGAUAAUAGUCAACAACACAUUCAUAAUAAUGGCAAUAAUGCUGUGCGAAAGGGUUCCGAUCCUAUACUGCCCGCCAUUCUGGAGCUCUGGGAAGAACGAGAGGACGCAUUUCUUAAUCAAAUUAUCAAUCAUAUUGAUCCCAAUGGAGUACAGUUUAAACUGGCCGUCACUUAUACGAUCUAUAUGGGAUUCCGAUUCAGAGCGUCGACACACUUCAAGCCAGAGAUAGUGCCCAACGAAAGGGCGCAUCGAUUGACAGAGUUUGCCAACAAAGUGUCGAGUAUUAUCCAUCAAGUGAUCGAUGAUCAUUACCGCGAGCCCUCGCACCUGGCCUUCUGGUUGGGCAACUCGUCUGAGUUGUUGCACUUUCUCAAACAGGACAUACACUUAAGUCCGUUCACAUACGACGCCCAGGACUUGUUGGCCGAAGCGGUGCAGUUGGCCUUCAGAAGUCUCGUGAUGUGCGAACACAGCGAACUCCACAACGCUUUGCCCGCAAUACUCGAAGACUGUGAGGACAGUAUGGAUGAUAACGUGUCGGUCACCACAUCUAAGUUACUCAUAGUGUUAUCCAACGCCAUGGGUUUGCUUCGUCGGUGUCGAGUGAACGCCGCGCUGACUAUACAACUCUUUUCGCAACUCUUCCACUUCAUUAAUAUGUGGUUAUUCAACAAAGUGAUCGGUUGUGUCGCCGACUCGCCCGUCAACUAUUGCACCCGUGUUUGGGGUCUUAGGCUUAAGAAACGUCUCGUGCAGAUGAGAGUGUGGGCUGAGAAACAGGGACUCGAGUUGGCGGCCGAUUGUCAUCUGAAUUGUAUCGUCCAAACCGCGCAUUUGCUUCACUCGCCGAAAGGCACGCCCGAAGACAUCAGCAAUAUAUCUGAAAAGUGCUCGAAAUUGAAUUCACUGCAAAUGAGACAAAUCCUCGAGCGAUACGAACCGGCAGUCAAUGAGACGCCGAUUCCCCGCGAACUCAUCGAAGCGGUGGUGAAAGUGGCGGAAAACACUGCCGACGAAAUGGCCAGAACUGACGGACGCGACAUUCGGCUCGAAGAGGAGCCCGACCUGCAGUUGCCAUUCCUGUUGCCCGAAGACGGAUAUUCGUGUGAAAUAGUUUCGGGCAUUCCUUCCGGUCUAAUAGAGUUCGUGCAGCCAAUGACUCAAUCGGGUUUGUGUCACCUCACUAUCCAACCGACCUCUUCAGGCGAUUGGACUAUAUAUAUGCAAUCCUCGCAAAACAGCCCCAAAAUGCCCAAAGAUAUGCAUUCAAACACUGGACACGAACCCACAGCUACUGACAGUCAACCGCCGCCACAGACUUCUCAACCGCCCAUUUCUAUGACUUCGUCGCUUCUUAUGACACAACCGCAGACACAACAACAACAGCCACUACCGUCUGUGCCCACACAGUCUCAGCCACAACUGCAGCAGCAAAUGCUUCCGCCGUCUGCGCGCGGAUCGACGGCAUCUACUUUCAAUGAGCCCGAAGUGCAACUAUUGAAACUCCAAAAGAGUAACAACGGAAUGGGUCUGAGUAUUGUGGCCACGAGAGGGGCCACUCAGGAACGGCUCGGCAUUUACAUCAAAUCAGUUGUAAAGGGAGGAGCGGCUGACGCGGAUGGAAGGCUUACAGCUGGCGAUCAAUUGCUUCGAGUAGACGGCCAUUCACUGAUAGGCAUAACUCAAGAACGUGCGGCUGAAUUAAUGAUCCAAACGGGACCAAUCGUAACGCUUGAAGUCGCCAAACAGGCGGCCAUAUAUCACGGACUGUCACACAUUCUAACACAACCCUCGCCAUCCAUAUCCAGAGUGUCUUCGACUCCAUUAUCUCAAACACAUCUUCUUAAUGACUGUUUGAUUAAUUGUAAUGAAUUGUAUGUCGAGAGCAAACUGAAAAGCUCUGCGAGUUUUGAUUCACUCAAUACACAAAUUAAUUGCUUCGACAACUCUGUGUUCAAUUCCGACACAACUAUCUGUGCGGACAAUAUAUUUGAUUGCGAAGUGAGAGAUAUGUUGGCCAACGAUAACGCCGUCAAAAAUAUAUCGCCCAACCAAUGGGAAGCCGUUCAGACAUUAGACCGACAGGCGAUCAAAGGUAAGCAAAAGGCUACCAAUGAGUGCCCGAACCCGAAGAAGACAAACUCCACAUCGAAUCCAUUAGCGUAUCUGAAAAGUGCUUUAUUUUCUCAAAAAAUACUUCAAUUCCGACUCAAAUCGCAGACAAACGCCGCGCAUAACAAGAGGCCAGCGGUUCGUCAGUCAAAGUCUUUGAAUCUGACAAACAUUAUAAAUGACAACCAGAAGGAAGAGAAGACUAAUUAUUUGUGUGAUAGUCAGCAGCAAUUGAUGCCGAGGUCUAUGACCAGUAGUGGUGUAUCAAAACCGAUGGCAAACGUGUUGUUGAAAUGCAAAAGCGAUGAAUCGUUGAAUUCUAACCCCAAUAGCAUCUGUUCCUGUCUCAGCAAUUGCACCGUUUGUAACGAUAUAUUCAAUAACUGUAUUAUUUGCCAACAAAUCACCAAAUAUUAUGCCAAUUCACUGAAACUCAAAUCAAGUGAAAUAUUUUCUAAGCAAUUAAUUCAAUCGGCGAUCAAUCAAAUAUCGCUCGCAAAGUGCAACUGUCUCUCCUGUCUAUCCUCUAAUAGCUCUUCCGUGUCUUUUGCCACCGCUUCUAACAGAUCCCAAACAAACAGUAAUUCAAUCGCUAAUAAUAGCGCCACUAAUGCCGUCAAUAGUACUGGCUAUGGAAACCCGCGACGAAUGAGCGAAAGAGAUAUUCCGAGUCGAGUGAAUCACGAACAGGAGCUCCAGAUGCGGGCCCACAGGAACCACAUGAACGCCUCCGCCCAACAGCUCCAACACCAACAACAGCCCCGAAUCCAGGGCUCUAAGAGUGUGCCAACACUGGUUGACCCGAACCAACCCACGCCACAGCAGAUGAAUGGCGGCGUUCCUCCGCCCCCUUCCGUACUCCAAUCCCAGCGACGGCCAAAUGAAAUGCCUGGACAGCAGCCGUAUCCGCAACAAUACAACUCAAUGCCAAAGUCCGGUCCAGACUAUAAGCGGCCGGUUGGGGCUGGGCUAAGCGUCGAGUCACAGGUGAGGGUCGUCAGGAUGUCUUCGUCGCAAUCGCAACAAUUAUAUCCCGAAGAGCGUCACUACCAGAACAUACAGUUAUAUCAAAUACAGCCAAAACCGUCGCCCAAUUCAGUGCCACAACGACCACCCAUUCAUAGCUCCCACUCAUCGCUUCAAGCCGAUGGUCAGCAACACUAUAACCCGCAGCAAAACUCGAGACCAGUGUCGGCUCUUAUCGCCAACCGAGAGCCCGACCAAUACAUGGGCCAAAUGGCCAACAGUCCGGGCACUCCCACAUCGCCGCGACCACCGAUUAGUAUGAAUCCCAAUAUGAUGUCAGCUCCCGAUCAGUUCCAUUACCCGCAACAAUACACGAGCGGUCCUAUACUGACGCGUCAAUCAUCGCAGGACUACUCGGACUCGCAAAACAUGAUGGAUUACCCGUCGCGUAAUUACCCGCCACCGCACCCGCCAUACAUCGAUUCGAGACAUCCGAGGGAUCUGAUGAGACAGGAGGCGAAGAUGGAUGAGAUGAGGGAAGAGGUGAAGCGCCGCGAAGACAGGGAGAGAAUGUUAUCGGGCGGCGGAGGACCGCAAAUGAAUUCACUGCUCCGCGGGGCGCCCGCCAACGGGCCGUGGGCUCAACGCCCGCCAUACUAUCCGCCUUCGCAACAACAGAUGCCAAUGAACGGCGGACCACACAUGCGAAUGGCGCCGCCUCCACAACCGGCCCCUAAGCCCAAGCCAUCGGCCGCCCAACUGUUGUCCAAUUACGGCCAAAACUCGUAUUCCCGAAACUCGUAUCGCGAACCACACGAAGCCAUACCUCACCAGCAGCCGAGCCAACCGCCGCCAACUGUCAGCUACCGGUACGGGCCGUCAGGUUAUCCGCCAUCGCGUCAGUCAGAGCCGGCGCUGCGUUUGGCGCUUUUUUUACCGGGCUUUGAGUCGACGACCGAUGAAAAUAAAUUCAAACGAAAGCUUUCGAAACGCGAGAAAAAGGAGCAGAAAAAGCGCGAAAAGCAACUGAAAGCCAAAGCGAACGACGGAAAGGGUGGCGACGGGAAGGACUCGUUAGCCGAGAAGCUGUACACAGAGUUACCCGAAACGAGUUUCACGCGAUCCAUAUCUAAUCCCGAGGCAGUGAUGCGUCGCCGCAGACAACAGAAACUCGAGAAGAAGUUACAGCAAUUCAGUCAAGAAGGAGGUGUCGAAGCCGGCGGAACUCUGAGAAUAUUCGGCGAAUCCAUUAACCAAGACGUGCCAUACAAGACAAUCCUACUGUCAGAUCGAGACACAGCCGCUCACGCCGUCAAAGAGAUACUCGAGAAGUAC